UGAAUAAUUUAAUACUCAGUGGGAUCAGUUCUUUAACAAUGGAGUUCGCUAAUGCUCUCAUUAAUGGCGAAACUAAUUACCCUUUUCAUUAUUGUACUGACAUCUCAUACCCGUUGCCCGCCACACUUCAAUUGGGACUCAAUUUAAAGGAGGGACCAAACAGGGAUUCAAAUUGGUUACCUAAUUUGUUCACCAACUCUCUGAGCUUACGAUUUCUUAGAGGGUAUCGGGUUUUAGUGAAAUUUUAGGGUUAGAAGAGAGGAUUGAGGAGAAAUGAAGGUACCCAGGAGGCCGAUUCAUGCAAUUACGUCAUGGGUUCGGAGGCAACCCCCGAAGAUGAAAGCGUUUUUAGGAGUAGCGUCUGCGAUUAUUUCUCUUGUUCUUCUCUAUGUGAUGGUUCAUGAUCACAACAAGCUCUUUGUGGCCGCUGAGGCUGUUCAUGCCAUUGGAAUUGCGGUUCUUAUUUAUAAGCUCAUGAAGGAGAGGAGUUGUGCAGGUCUUUCGCUCAAGUCGCAGGAAUUAACGGCUUAUUUUCUAGCUGCAAGACUCUAUUGCAGCUUUGUGAUCGAAUAUGAUGUGCACACAUUUCUUGAUUUGGCUACUUUAGUAGCAACUCUUUGGGUCAUUUACAUGAUUCGUUAUAAGCUCAAAGCCAGCUACAUGGGAGACAAAGAUAACUUCAAAGUUCUAUACUUGGUGGUACCAUGUAUUUUACUAUCCAUUUUGAUUCACCCGACACCUCCAAGAGUUUCUUUGUUACAAAGAAUUUUCUGGGCUUUUUGUGUUUACCUUGAAGCUGUUUCGGUUCUACCUCAGUUGCGAGUCAUGCAGAACAUAAAGAUCGUUGAGCCAUUCACUGCACACUAUGUAUUUGCCUUGGGGGUUGCCAGAUUCCUGAGCUGUGCGCAUUGGAUUCUUCAGAUGGUAGCAACUCGUGGGGGGCUGCUGGUAGCGUUGGGAACUGGAUUCUGGCCACCAAUGGUUCUCCUUGCAGAAAUUGUCCAAACUUUUGUUCUUGCAGAUUUUUGUUAUUACUACGUCAAAAGUGUUCUUGGCGGUCAGCUUGUCGUACGCCUUCCUGCCGGAGUAGUCUAAGAUAGAGAUAGCCGACUGGCUGCUUGUUUCCGCAGAGUGAAUGCCCGUUAUCUGUACAUAUUUCUUUUUUCUUUUGUAGCGAACGCUGUGACCGAACUGGAAAAAGAAAUGCUUCCUAAACUGGUGUAUAUGCAUCCUACAUUAUAAUCACAAAAAUAAUAAAGGAUGCUAUUGACAUUUCA